AUGAUGAAUCCACGUAGAUACUACCCCAAACGCAAAGACGACGAGGCUUUUGAUCAGGAUAAUCUUCGCGAUGAAUACGACUCGGAUCGAGAGAAUAACCCCCCCAAAAAAGCGCAAAAAGCCGCCGAAAUAAAGUCAGGGAGUGGGACAGUGACACAGACAGAUGAGAAGAGACGCGCCAAAAAUGGGGAGAAAGCAGAGACAGGAUCUGCACCAAUACUAAUGGCACACGAUACGACAGCUGCACAAGCUCACGAUACCCACUUGCACACUACCCCCUUAAACUCAAUGCCUGAUGAACUAUUAUGCGAAAUCUUUGGUCAAGCUAUGCCACUUGACCUGCUUCGUCUGGCACAAACAUCCAAGAAAUUUCGUUCAAUCCUCAUGCAUACUUCAGCACGGCGAAUCUGGGAACGCGCGCGGUUGGGUUUGCCUGUACCAGGGCUUCCAGAUUGCCCGCCAGACUUAAAUGAAGUACAAUACGCUACUCUUAUAUUUGCGCCAUAUUGUCAGCUCUGCCUCAAGGAACAAGCCAACUCUGGGGACCCAAAAAUCAUCACCGAUGUUUAUGCUCGAAUUAAGGCGUGUAUGAGUUGUUUGCGAAACAAAAAACUAUUCCUGGCUUGGAAAAGAAGGAAAGGUCUGUGGUGGAACGGGCCUUAUCCUCAAAAGAUGGCGCAGUAUCUACCUUAUGUUUCCGCGGCUAAGGGUACCUAUAAUCCUAAGGUACCUUAUAAUCUUUUUUACCAUCCGGCUAACGAUGCUUGGGCCCGAGAGUACGAAGAUGCGGAGUCAAAAGAAAAAUGGGUUGAAGAUAAGACCCGAAUCAGAAGGCUCGCUCAAGAGCACUCUGUGUGGUGUAAAGUUUUCAUUGUUGAAUGGAAUAAGCAUUUAGUAAAGGAACGAAAGGCAAUAAUCGCCGACUAUGUUAAGUCUCUGGGCUGGGAGGAGGAAUUCUCGAAGAACUCCGACGAAAAAUUACUUAUACAGAACGACCCCAGCUUGCAAAAAGAUUUAGAAUUCGGUAUAACCCAACAAUGGCUCGACAAUACUCGAGAUUGGUUCAAUUAUAGGAUGAAUGAAAUAAAGAUCGAAAGGCUGGACCGUGCCCGCCGCCGCCGGGUAAACAAGGCCUACCCGAUUCUUCGUGACGUACUCGAAAACUUUGCUCUGGACCUCCCUCCCAACGCCCUCGUCCCUCGAGUACCUGACAUUAUUGGAUAUCCAGUUAUCCAGGAAAUAAUCCACGGCAAUGAGGUCAAUGAAAAUUUAACCGCCAAAGACUUCGAACCUCUACGGUCACUGUUCCCGGAAAUUGUGGCUCAAUCUAUAAAGGAGAGAGAAGAGAAAUUACUAACGUUAAUCGCAGAAGAGCUGGGAGAGAAUUCAUUUGAUCCAAAGAUGGUAUUGCAUCUUGCCACUACUAUCUUUCAUUGCGAAAGUUGCGAUGCGAGCUGUGGUGAAGGCUUAUUGCGAUAUCCACGUGUUCUUAUCCACAAACACGCAUACGAAUGUCCCAAUCCUGGAAGAAAGAGAUUUGGUGAUGAACACAGCGACAAGAUGAUCUUAACAAAAGAUUUUAAUCACUUCAGUUGGGGCAAAACAGGAAACAUCAGCUUCCGCAAAGAGGAUGUUAAUACACUGUCUGAUGCUCUGACGACGCUGGGAUAUGACCCCAAAAUUACGACCACUGCAGAAAUAGAAGCUGCAGACCCCAUCGUUAAAUGCGAAGGAUGUGUAGUGACAGGCUGGUAUCACGAAAUGUACCAAUGUGUGAUGAGAUGGUCUUGGGUUGCCUUGCACGGAGAGCGCAGCAGCAAGCGAUAUACCCCUGCCUUUUGCAAUAGGAAUUCGAAAUCACAAGACCCUGUGAUCCUACAGAAAGUGGACGAAAAAACCGCGCAAACAGCACGAUCCAAAAUGCUGGAGGCCACAAACAAAUACUCGCCCGCUCAUGAGGUCAAUACGAACGGUUUCUUUAUGUGCUCGCGUUGCAGGGUGUGGGGCGAUAUGGAAUCCUUGUCCAUUCACCUCAGAGAUGUGCACAAUGUGGAUUGUCCUACAGAAGGAGACAUCGUAGUGCGCCUAGAUGCCGACGUGCCACAAACUUGUAUACUCCCGAUUGAAUUCGAAGAGUCGCUGAAAAUCUGCCCGGUAGAGCUAGCUAAAAUGUGGAUUAAUAAUCUAUGA